AUGCCAGAAGCAAAUCAGUCGUCGGCGAAUCUUGAAGAGAUUAACACCUCAGAACCUGCAACUACUGAAAAAUCUCGGUCUAAAGAUUUAAUUUUUGAUGAAUCUAUUGCUCAUUAUGAAGUUCAUGCGCAACAACCAUACACAUCAUCAACAUACAACAAUAGUGACGAAAUCCGCAUCACGGUACAGAAUCAGGAUCAUUGCUUAUUUCCAAGCAAAAGCUCGAUUCACAUCACUGGAAAACUUGUGAAACCUGAUGGAACAGCUCUAGAGCAUGAAAAUAAAAGUGUAGAAUCUAAUGAAAAGAGUGAAAAAAUAGUAAAUGAAACAAAUCAACGACGAGCAAGUUCGGAUCUUACGAGAACAUUUGCUUAUUUACAAAAAGCCAGUACUUCGGAGGAAAAGGAACAAAAUUCGACAGCUAAUGAAGGUUUAAUAGUAGACGGAGAUAUUCGCAUAGUAAACGAAUUCCACGAAAUAAAGGAGAUACUGUGCAUCGCUUAUACCGAAAACCAUCAAUUGUUGGCCGCGGGACUUGUAAAUGGUGCCAUUAGAUUGUUUAGCUUGAAGACUGGAGAAACAAUUGCGACUAUUCAGGACGAUGAAACUAUUCAAUACGCUAGUCCCGUAACUGCCAUUAAACAUAGACCUGUAAAAAGAAGUCAUCCAGUUACUCAAACUCUUAUUUCAACGUAUUGCAGUGGUUGCGUUAAAUGCUGGCAUUAUCCAACGGGAAAGUGUCUUUAUACAAUUAGAGAAAAUCGACAAGCUCUUGGUUUAGCCUAUCAUCCGCAUUUACCGAAAUUCGUCACAGUGGGCGAUGACACGAAAGUUAUUCUAUACGACGAAGAAACGAAAACACAGGAAAGAAUUUUUCAAUCUAGCGGUUCGCCGGAAUUUAUGAACGGUCAUCAGUCCCGAGUGUUUGCUGCCUGUUUUAAUCCCACCUCAAAUUAUGAACUCGUCAGUGGUGGAUGGGACGAUACCAUUCAAUUUUGGGAUUUAAGGCAACCAUUUUCUCUCCGUUAUAUUGGAGCUGUUCAUAUUUGUGGUGAAGGAAUUGACAUUAGUCUUGAUGGAAAAGAGAUAUUAACUUGCUCCUGGCAGGAAAGGAAUCCUCUUCAAUUAUGGGAUUAUUCGUCUGGAAAGCUUAUUGACAAUUUGCAACCAGAUGCAUUUGAAAGUUUUCUAUACGCUGGAAAAUUUAUAAACAGUAAAUAUUAUGUUUGUGGUGGCUCCGAUUCUAAUUAUUUAAGAAUCGUUGAUCGGCAAAUUCAUUCGACUGUAAGUGGAGUAAGGAAUUUAUCCGGUGGAGUUUAUUCAAUAGAUAUUGGUCCAUUGUCCGGAAAGAAGAUAAAAUCGAAUCAACUACCAAAAAUUGCAUUUUGUAGCGGAAAAACUGUUUAUGAAUUAGAACCAACAUAAACAAUUUUGAAAUAAGUAAAUAAAUUAUCAAAAUUAUAAUCAAAUUACAUUUGAUAACAACUUCGGCUUAAUUCAAUUUUUCAUUCACUACUGAAAUGUAUUUGUGAGAAAUUUUGUUUGACUAAAUAUUUGCAUUACUACUAAUAUUGAUUUGUAUUAACUUCUG